GUGUGUGUGUGUGUGUGUGUGUGUGUGUGUGUGUGUGUGUUGGGGAGAAGCUUUGCUCUGUUCUUGCUCUUUUUGGUUCAGAAACGAGGCCAGCUUCCCUUGAGGUGUUUUGCUUGCUGUCCUACAGGCAGUUUUAGGGGCCCUAGAAUUUUCUCAGAAUCAAAAUAUGUGCCCAUAGGUUAGUCAGCUAUGACCAUGCAGUAUUCCCAGCCUCCCUCCUCCCCCCUUCCCCGGCCAUCUGCUUCCUCUGAAUAUACCAGAUUGGCUGUACACCAGGAUGUUCCGGGAAUCCCCAGGAGAGCAACAGAAUGUGAUGGACCCAAAUACGAUGCCUCAGUAACUCAUUCCAGGAUGUACAAACUGUAACUGUCAGGACACUCCUUAUAGCUAAUUAAAAAUUUCCUAGUUUCAUCUAUUUUCUAUUACCUCAGUCUAUUUUCAGUGACAUCCAAAAGGCCAAAAUAAUCCCUCUGGUACCACUUUUUUUUCUUCUCCCUAUGGUUCCCAUUAAAUUAAAAAAAAUUCUCUAGCUUUUCUCAAUUCGUUAUUUGUGAUGCUAAAAUGGGAAACGUGACCCCUCUAGCACUUCAUAGCUCUAUCUGUGGUACUGAGGUGGCCAAAGUGGCUUCUCUGGUAGCCCACUGCUCUCUCCAUGGUACUGAAGAAGUGACCAUAUGUUUUAACAUCUCUAGGGUCCAGAAGAGUCUUGGACUUAGAACUAUGACACUUUCGAGCUGGAAAAUAUCAAUAUUGUGAAUUAGUCUAACACCCUUAUUUUACAGAUGUGUAUACUGAAAGGUUAAGUGAUUGACUGAAAGUUGUGGGGCAAGUAAUGUUCAGACUGGGGUUAUUAUUCUAGUUCACCUUUCAUGAAAUAGUGAACCUGGCUAGGCUCUUGGCUCUAGGAAGGGGGUUUAUCUGGAGGAUCCAGAUGGUAAGAGGAUCCCUGAAUUUGGAGCUACAGAAAUGCACAUGUCAUAGCAGUAGUGGUGGCUGUCUAGUGGCCCUCAGACAAUUAAUCUCCCAAAGCCCAGAUUCUCCAUGUUAACAGGUACUUUCCCCUUCAUGGAGUCUUACCACAUUUACUAAAUGUUCAAAAUAAGGCAGCUUUGAAUCUCCAGAGCCCUUUCUCUGCUAAGAGGGCAGAUUCCUGGCCCAGUUCUCUUCUCUUAAAGAUCUGUAAGCAAAAAACAAAACAAAACAAAAAAACCGCUUGAGUCCUUUUCUUUCUUGGUAACUCAUUUUGGUUUCAUAAUGCCUGUUGUAGAAAGUUCUUUAUAUUUCAAAUAUCCUAUCACAGGCAGGGGUGGGCGUCACUGGGCCUACAUUCAUCCAGCCUUGACCAUAUACAAUGCUGCAGGGGUGAAGGAAGGUAGACUGGUAGACUGGAUGACUUCUCCCAUCUUCCCAGGCCUGUUUCCAUUCAUUCUAAUUCUGGGAUAGUUUCUAAGUCCAAAAGCUGACCUCUGCUGCUUAGAAUUGGGCCCCUGCCCCCCAUCCUCUUCCUCUCUGUGCACUUCUUCCUUACCUCUGGAGCUCUGCACCAUCUCAGGCCUAGGGAAUUUUAGCUGGAGAAUUUAACCCCUUCCUGUUCAGAGCAUGUGCCGAGCCCUAUCUGUGCAGAUGGCGCGGCCCCGCCCCCCAUCCCUCACUCCAGCCUCUUGAGCUCAGAGCCAGUGUAAUCCUCCUCUUGUGUGAGGAAGCCUCUCCCCUGCAGAGAGGAGGAAAGCCUGCUUCGGAACAGCUCUGGACAAAGGGGCUGAGAUGCCCCAUCAAACUGCAGGCUCCAAGCUCCUCAACACCUGUUGCCUUCACUAGCAGCUUUUCCUCCUCGUCCCUGCACUCCCCAGAACCAAAGAAUGUGAAGGGGGUCCAUGGAGGGCUCACGUCCCCGUGUCCCCAGCGGCCACUUAGCGCCAUCACCACCUGCCUUCGACGGCGAACUGGAUUUGCAGCGCUACUCCAACGGGCCAGGCGUGAGCGCGGGGUCGCCCGGGAUGGGAGCGGUGGGCUGGUCUGAGAGCCGUGUAGGCGAUCGACGUUUCCCCUGCCCCGUGUGCGGGAAGCGCUUCCGAUUCAACUCCAUUCUGGCCUUGCACCUGCGAGCGCACCCCGGUGCCCAGGCCUUCCAGUGUCCACACUGCGGCCACCGCGCGGCGCAGCGGGCUCUGCUGCGCUCGCACCUGAGAACGCACCAGCCGGAGCGACCCCGGAGCCCCGCGGCGCGCCUGUUGCUGGAGUUGGAGGAGCGUGCCCUACUGCGCGAGGCCAGACUGGGGCGAGCGCGAACCUCUGGCGGCAUGCAGGCCACCCCAGCCGCUGAGGGCCUCGCACGGCCUCAGGUUCCUUCAUCGUCGUCUGCCUUCCGUUGCCCCUACUGCAAAGGCAAGUUUCGCACCUCCGCGGAGCGUGAACGCCACCUGCACAUCCUGCACAGACCCUGGAAGUGCAGCCUGUGCAGUUUCGGCUCCAGCCAGGAAGAGGAGCUGCUGCACCACAGCCUGACCGUACAUGGGGCUUCUGAGCGCCCCCUGGCGGCCACCUCCGCGGCACCUCAGCCUCAGCCUGCACCACAACCUGAACCCAGAUCGGUUCCCGAGCCAGAACCUGAGCCACAGGAACGUGAGGCUACCCCUGCCCCGGCUCCUGCAGUUCCAGAGGAGCCCCCUGCGCCUCCGGAGUUCCGUUGCCAAGUGUGUGGCCAGAGCUUUACACAGUCCUGGUUUCUCAAGGGCCACAUGCGCAAACACAAGGCCUCCUUCGAUCAUGCGUGUCCUGUGUGCGGCCGCUGCUUCAAGGAGCCCUGGUUCCUUAAGAACCACAUGAAGGUGCACGCCAGCAAGCUGGGCCCUCUGCGUGCCCCAGGGCCUGGCUCAGGGCCUGCCCGGGCCCCCCAGCCUCCUGACCUGGGUCUGCUGGCCUAUGAGCCACUGGGCCCUGCACUCCUCUUGGCCCCGGCGCCCACUGCAGCUGAGCGCCGUGAGCCUGCGAGCCUCUUGGGCUACCUGAGCCUCCGAGCUGGCGAAGCCCGGCCUAAUGGUGAGGGUGCUGAGCCUGGGGCUGGCCGCAGCUUUGGAGGCUUCCGCCCGCUGCCCUCCACUCUCCCUGCCCGAGCUCGCCGGCACCGUGCAGAGGAGCCAGAAGAGGAGGAGGAGGCGGCGGCAGUGGAGGCUGAGGAGGAGAGCUGGACCCGGGGCAGAUCACUGGGCCCUCUGGCUUCCCUGCACCCGCGCCCGGGUGAGGGCCCAGGGCACUCAGCACCUGCCGUUGGGACCCAGGCAAGAUCCACGGCCACGCAGGAAGAAAAUGGCCUGUUGGUUGGAGGGGCCCGGCCUGAAGGGGGCCGGGGUGCCACUGGCAAGGAUUGUCCCUUCUGUGGAAAAUCUUUCCGCUCAGCGCAUCACCUCAAAGUACACCUGCGAGUACACACAGGUGAGCGCCCCUACAAGUGUCCACAUUGUGACUACGCGGGCACCCAGUCUGGCUCACUUAAGUAUCACCUGCAGCGUCACCACCGUGAGCAGAGGAGCGGUGCAGGUCCGGGACCACCCCCUGAGCCACCACCCCCUUCCCAGCAGGGUUCAGCCCCGCUGUCCAGAGCUAAGCCAGCUCAGCAGCCUGCUACUUGGGUGGAGGGUACUGCAAGCCCCCGGCCCGCCAGCAGUACUGGCCCCGGCUCCCGUCGGAAGCCUGCUAGCCCUGGGAGGACCCUGCGCAAUGGGCGAGGUGGUGAGGCUGAACCCCUGGACCUGUCCCUACGGGCAGGGCCAGGAGGUGAGGCUGGGCCAGGGGGUGCCCUCCACCGCUGCCUCUUCUGCCCCUUUGCCACUGGAGCCCCCGAGCUCAUGGCUUUGCACCUGCAAGUGCACCACAGCCGCCGGGCUCGGGGUCGCCGGCAGCCCCAGGCUGAUGCAUCUCCCCCCUAUACCCGAGCACCAUCAGGAGAGACCCCUCCCAGUCCUCCUCUGGAAGGCGAGGAGGGCCCUGGGCUAAGAUCGGGAGAGGCAGGACUAGGGGGGCAGGAGCGGUAGGGAGCCCUCUUAGGGGUGAUUAGCUUAGUGAGCUUUCCCCACUGGAGCGGGGAAGCGCUAGAGGUAGUUGGGUAGAGCAGCCAGCAGGGGGCAGCGUGGGACCCACAUCCCAGCCCCAGGCCGACCAGAGGUGGAGGGGCAGCGGGCGAAAGAGGGUGGGCAGGCGGUGCCCACCCAGCCCAGGGGAGUCACAGUGCCUUAGAAGUGGCAGAGGUGAGGGUCAAAGAACGGGGUCCCAGGGCUGGCAGAGGCUUGUGUCCCUGUUGAGGAACCACUCUGCCAGUUUUUGCUGGUCCAUAGGCCUGAGAGUUUAUUUUUGUACAAGGGGUGGGGGUGGGGGGCACUGUACCCUUCUAGCCCCAUCGGGGGCCCUGUAGACAUUGCUAUUUUUGGUACGAUUCCUGUCAUCCCUGUUGCAGAGUCGUGUCCCCAAUAAACAGGUGUCUUGAGGCACA